AGAAAGAAAGAAAAGGGAGACCCUGGUUUUUGUCCCACUGUUACUGUUUUAUUUGGGGGGAGGGAGGAAUUCCCCCUCAUUGUUUUGAACCUUAAAUGUCUCAUCUUUUCGAGAAAAGUAUCUCGAAGUAGACACUGGCUUAAAUCUGUCUCCCCCUCUCGCCCCCAUCCCAUCACAAAUGGGAGAUACAGUAGGGUUUCUGUAAAGCCAUUUUUUUUUUUUUUGUAUUUUUUUUUUCUGGAGAGAUGGGAAAAGCACAUAGUAUGUAAUUAUAGACUGAGAAUAUUCGUGUGAUUUUUUUUUAACUUUUGUUUGAGAAUUACCGUUUUUAGAUGACUAGAAAGACAUGCUCAUCCCUCUUGUCAUAGAUUGUGAUGUUGCAGGUGUGCUGUGUUUGGGAGAAGGGUGUCAGGGGUGUGGAUGUGUGUGUUGUACAGUGUCGUCCAUCCUUUAAGCAUAACAGCCAUCAGUCUUUGCCAAAGCAUGUGUGACUUCCUACAAAAGAUCCUGCUGUUUGUCAACAUUCCUUUGUAGAAGGUGUGUUUGGGGGGCAGGGGGAGGGCGAGAGGGUGGGAGCAGGUCUUUGGUUCCUCACCUGAGAGUCAGGACUCUCCCUCUGUACCUCUGGCCAUUUGUAUGUAGUAGUUCUGCCCUGAUUGUACUUGGCCUUUUGGUGGGGGAGGUAUUAAAGUAGAGUCUGGGAAGUUUGACUGAAGAGGAGAAAAGAAUUCCAUGGGAAGCCAUCAUCCAUACCAGGUGAGGGCUUGACAGUCUGGCUGCUUUCCAGUACACCAGGCUCCUGUGUAGCUCCUCAGCCAUGCUGUGUAAGUAAACCCAAAAACCCAUUAGUUCCCCAAGGUAAACUUUGGUGGAAUUGUAUGUUAGUUUGUCAUUGGGGCCUCUUAAGGGAGAUUUAUGUCUCUAGAGAAUGAAUUCAGACAACACAGCAAGUGUGUGUGUGUGUGUUUAAAUGGUUGUGUGCCUGAGGUACACGUUUCAUUUUCAUUCAGAAGGACAUAACAGAAGAGAAAGGGGAAACUAGGUUUCACUGAAGUUAAGUGGUAUAAAAGUUGGUCUUGAGUUGGAAUUGAAGGCCUAGGUACUUAUUUCAGAAACGGUGCGUUCUGCCUUAGAGACAGACAGCAUAUUCUUCUGAUGCUCAUUUUCAUUAUUUGUAAAAUAAAGGGUUGAACUAGAUUCCUUGCCCUUUCAUCAGUAUAGGUUCCCCCCUCCCCUUUUAAAUCAAAGCAGUGUGGCGGAUGGAUGACACUUUGAGAGCAAGAGGACACAUUAUAGAUAGUGGAUACAUAAAGUAUUCUGUGAAUAUUAAUUACGUGAUGUGCAAGGUUCCACUGAUAUAACAGAAUGAAGCCAACAGGCGUUAGAUAAAGAGGCAUUAGAAACCUCAUCGGCAGGAAUGACCUAGGCAGUGUAGGACCCAUGGGAUGAUUUAAGAUCUUUGCUCCAGGUUAAUGUUUUGUUUGUUUAGGGCAAUGAGAUGUCAUUUGAUCUUAGUAAGUUGGGAUGAUUGAGGAAGCAACCUGACCUGUGGAAUCUAAGAGUAUAAGCCAGGUGGGAAGGCUUUGCUGCCACCUUGUACUCACCAGACAGUAACUGAAUGAGUGAGGAGAUGGAGGAAGGCCUAGAUGCCGGUGACCGAGAGCAAGGGGUCUUUUCAAGAGAAUUGCUGUUGAUCAGGUACAGACCAAGACCUUGAUUCCACCUUGUGGGAAAAAGAAAUCUUAACAGAUCCUUGCCGUUUCAGCUAGUUUUGUGAUGUCAGUUUAGCUCUUCUCUGUGAAAUACUAGUGUUGCAGAGUGCCAUGUGUGAGUUGAGGAGUGGAGAGGAGUAAUUACUCCUUUCUAAUUAGUAGUCAGUGAUAAAAAAUACUGACAAGGUAGAUCAGGUAGAGGGAGAUUGUCGGUUGAAAGGGGCUUAAGGAGUCCAGGAGGUUGGGUAUUUAUAGGCACAGGUGUUUCAGGCUUAUGCACUACAGUGUUAAGUAAAUACAUCUAUGAUAGAGUACACAAUUAAAAUAGCGUAAUUUCAAGCAAGUGAAUGUUAGAGCAUUAAAGCUUAAGACAGGCACAAUUUGAGGAUCGACCCAAAUGAUUUUGUCGGUUUAUUAUAGAGUCCUUUCUGCUGACGACAUGGCAGAAGGAGAAGGCUUUAGAGAGGCAUACUUUAGAAAGACUUGAUUGAAAGGGCAUUGGCAAAGAACUCGGGCUUAAGACUCUGCCUGGGAUGCCAGGACAGAAUUGAAGCUUCCUUUGCUCUGGUAAACAGGCUCCUGUGGAAUGAUAAUGGGCUACCCAGGUGGUUAUGGCUAUUGUGUGGAAGCCCAGUUUUGUGGAGGAAGGUAUGGUCCAAAUUCUAAUAGCAUCCUGAAGCCAAUCUCCAGGCCUUGUGAUGUAGCUCUGGAAUGUGGUGAGACAGCUGUGGUGGCUGAGGACUGACAGUCAUAGAGAAUGCUAUGUAGGUGGGUAAGUCUGGGUCUUCUGAGGCUGACAUUUAAUAUUUGACCCAAGGCAAGUGACUUCCUGAUUUACACUCUCCGGUUCUUUGUUCAUCUAAAAGAGCCUCUGAAAUUUUAUUUGUAAUUCUGUCUGCAUGAGAGUAGGAGAGAGAAAUGCCACUGUCCUAUUCUCAGAUGAGUUCAUAACUCACAAAACGUCAGCAGUGUGACUAGGUUGUCUCUGAGGGUCCUUUUAGCAUUUAGUAUUAUUAAGGGACAGAUUAUCGUUUCUGUCAGACUAACAUUUCUUGGAGGUUCAGAGCCUCCAAAAAUUGUUAACUUUAGAAAUAAAUCUUGAUAUUUUAAAAUGUCCUAUUCAUGUAUUUACACUUAUGUGCUGCUUAUAGUCACCUGUUCUUCGCCCUCAUGUCACAUCUUUUGCCUGCUCCUGUCCUGAGAACUGGAAUUGCCUUCACCCUCCCUUUUAGCUUUCUACUCCCUUAAACCUUCUUUGCUGCCUCCGGGGAGGCGGGAUGCUAGGUGGUGGGUGGUGUGGGAUGGAGAAACUGGGAGAAGGGGAAAUGAGGGCUGGCCGAGGUGCUUUCCUUCGGCUUGACCUGCUUUCUAACCCCCUUGCCAGGAAGGAAAAGCCUAGCAGUCUCCUUCCCAAAGAGAUCCCCGUGGGGCCUGGGCAGGAGUCACAGGGCGCUUUCUUCACAGACAGGAGCACAGGGCCCCUGGUCCUCAGUGCUUGAAAUAAUGCUCAACAUAGCCUAGCUUGGUUUUUAUGUAAAUGAGCUGAUGCCCCCUUGAGUUGGACAUUCUGUUGUCUUUUGUCAGCCUGCACCGAGGCUAAGGAAAAGUAAAGAAGCCUUGAGUGAUGAAGAUUUCCCUCCCGAACGUUCCCAGAGAGGGCUUCCCCUUGGCUCUCAGCGUCCUGAUGUAAAGGUAUUUUGAACUAACUUUGACACUGAGGGAGCACAGCCAUGGGACCACGAAAGAAAAGUGCUAAAGUGUGUGUGAUGGACAGUGAGGUCGCUGAGGAAAUGACAGCCGAUGAAGAGAAGGACUACAUGAACCAGCUGUCACAUGAAGUGCUCUGUCAUAUCUUCAGGUACCUGCCACUACAGGACAUCAUGUGCAUGGAAUGCCUCUCUCGGAAGCUAAAGGAGGCAGUCACUCUGUAUCUGAGAGUUGUCAGAGUGGUGGAUCUCUGUGCAGGGCGCUGGUGGGAAUAUAUGCCAAGUGGCUUCACAGAUUCCAGUUUCCUAACCCUUUUGAAGAAGAUGCCAGAUGUUGAACAGCUGUAUGGCCUUCACCCUAGAUACCUCGAGAGGCGAAGAGUGAGGGGCCAGGAGGCUUUCAGCAUCCCAGGAGUCUUGGAAGCUUUGCAAGCGUGCCCAAACUUGGUGGGUGUAGAAACAUCUCAUUUGGAGUUGGUAGAAUCCAUUUGGACAUAUAUGCCGCAUGUUCAUAUUUUGGGGAAAUUUCGUAAUCGUAACGGAGCAUUUCCGAUUCCUCCUGAAAAUAAACUGAAAAUCCCCAUAGGAGCCAAAAUCCAAACUUUGCAUUUAGUUGGUGUCAAUGUUCCUGAAAUCCCUUGUAUCCCUAUGCUAAGGCACCUGUACAUGAAGUGGGUGAGACUCACUAAACCACAGCCGUUUAAAGAUUUCCUUUGCAUCAGCUUGCGAACUUUUGUCAUGAGGAACUGUGCAGGACCAACAAACUCCUUGAAAUACGUGCCCUUGGUAACAGGUCUGGCAUCUGCCCGUAACCUGGAACACUUGGAAAUGGUUCGAGUCCCUUUCCUGGGAGGUCUCAUCCAACACGUGGUUGAAGACAGCUGGAGAUCAGGUGGUUUUAGGAACUUGCACACUAUUGUCUUAGGAGCUUGCAAGAAUGCCCUGGAAGUAGACCUUGGCUACCUCAUCAUCACUGCUGCGCGAAGGUUACAUGAAGUUCGCAUCCAGCCUUCUUUAACCAAAGAUGGUGUCUUUUCUGCCCUAAAGAUGGCAGAAUUGGAGUUUCCCCAGUUUGAAACCCUUCAUCUGGGAUAUGUAGAUGAGUUCUUGCUACAGAGCAGAAUGGCGAAUGCAGAUUUGGUGAAGUAUGGCUUGGCUGAUGUGGUAGAAAAUCCUGGUAUCAUUACUGAUAUAGGGAUGAAGGCAGUCAAUGAAGUUUUUUCCUGUAUCAAAUAUCUGGCAAUUUAUAACUGUCCUCAUCUACACAACCCAUACAAUUGGAUCUCAGACCACUCGAGGUGGAUGCGACUGGUUGAUAUCAACCUCGUGCGGUGCCAUGCUUUGAAGCUGGAUUCUUUUGGCCAGUUUGUUGAAUUAUUGCCCAGCCUGGAAUUUAUUUCUCUGGACCAGAUGUUCCGUGAGCCACCCAAGGGCUGUGCUCGAGUUGGUCUGAGUGCAGGAACUGGAAUUGGGGUUUCCUCAGCGCUUGUCAGCAACCAGAAUUCCAACAAUGACAAUGACAAUAAUGCUCCAAAUAACAACGCCAACCUCCAUGAUAACAAUCACCAUCACCCAGAUGAUUCGGAUGACGACAAUGACUUUCGUCCAGACCUACAAGCAGGAGAGGCACAAUUUGCAGCCGAUGCGUUGAAUGAGAUGGAAGACAUGGUCCAGGAAGAUGGAGAACUGGUAGCCGAGAGUGGAAAUGGUAUGCCAGCUCACAAUCGGGAAGUUCUUCCUGUGGAUGCUGAUGAGGAACAAGCAGGACCUAGUGGUCUACAACGCGUGGUAAAACCUACACCAAUUGCUGAUCACGAUUCAGAGAGCGAUGAUGAAGAAGAUAGUUUAGAACUCCAAGAAGUCUGGGCUCCUAAGAAUGGCACCCGGCGUUACUCAGAGCGGGAAGAAAAGACUGGAGACUCAGGACAGUCCAGGGAAACGGCAGCAGUAAGUGGGAAAGGCAAGACUCCACUUCGAAAGAGGUGCAACAACUCCCACCAGACGGGCCAGGCGAAGCCGUUUCCCCUGGAGGAGAGCAGCUGUGAGAAAGGCUGUCAGGUGACCAGUGAGCAGAUCAAAGCCGAUAUGAAAGCAGCUAGGGAUGUUUCUGAAAAGAAAAAAUCCAAGGAUGUCUAUCCCAGCUGCAGCAGCAGCAGCAGCAGCACAGCCGCCAGCACAGCGGGAAACGCCAGCUCACCCAGCACUGCUUCCCAGAGCCCGGACUUUGCAAGGACGGUGACCAGCAGCGGCUCUUCCGAGCCGAGCCCUCCAGAAGUAGAUGUAUCCAGGCAGUGUGUCUGCUCCCCUGGUGGGUCAGAGGACUCUGAGGCCAUGGAGGAGGGAGAUGCAGAGAGCUCUGUCUGCCCCAGAUGCUGCUGUCUCAGGCCCCAGGAGUCUCAAAGGAGAACUGGCAGGUGUUCUGAUGAGGAGCGUCCUUCAACCAGCCGAGCCUGUGUUGUGAAUGGCGCGGAUGGUACGAGAUCCGCCUUUUCCUUUAGGACUCUGCCACAAGGGGGGUCUUCAGGCCCAGCACAUGAUGAGAGGACUAAUGGGAGUGGCUGUGGGGCUACAGGUGAGGACAGGAGGGGGAGCUCCCAGCCUGAGAGUUGUGACGUGCAGUCUAAUGAAGACUAUCCUCGGAGGCCCCUAACCAGGGCCAGGAGCAGACUGUCCCAUGUACCGCUGAUAUCUGAGUCAGCUAGGGUUAGCAGGAGACAAACAGAAGUUGCCAAAACAAAGCCAUGCCAUGCCAUGAAACGAAAGCGAACUGCAGAUAAGUCUACCAGCACCAGUGACCCUGUGAUUGAAGAUGACCACGUACAGGUUCUUGUAUUAAAAUCCAAAAAUCUUGUUGGAGUCACAAUGACCAAUUGUGGAAUCACAGAUCUAGUACUGAAAGACUGCCCCAAGAUGAUGUUCAUCCAUGCUACCAGGUGCAGGGUACUGAAGCAUUUAAAGGUAGAAAAUGCACCAAUUGUAAACCGAUUUGACUAUGCACAGUGCAAGAAACUAAAUAUGGACCAGGUACUAGACCAAAUACUGAGGAUGCCUCCGGAGAGGAACCGGAUCAUCUACCUGCGCCCAAUGCAGCAGGUAGACACACUAACUCUGGAGCAGAAGCUCUUCAGCGGGCCCUACCCCUAUCACAUCUGCAUCAUCCACGAGUUCAGCAAUCCUCCCAACGUGCGGAACAAGGUGCGCAUCCGCAAUUGGAUGGACACGAUAGCCAACAUCAAUCAAGAGCUCAUUAAAUACGAAUUCUUCCUGGAAGCCACUCGGACUGAAGAGGAUUUAAAGAAGUACCCUAAGUAUCCCUGGGGGAGAGAAAUCUACACUUUAGAGGGUGUUGUAGAUGGAGCGCCGUAUUCCAUGAUUUCCGACUUCCCUUGGCUGAGGUCACUGCGGACCGCAGAGCCCAACAGCUUUGCCAGAUAUGAUUUUGAAGAUGAUGAAGAGAGCACCAUCUAUGCUCCUCGAAGAAAAGGGCAGUUGUCUGCAGACAUUUGUAUGGAGACAAUAGGAGAGGAGAUCUCAGAGAUGCGCCAGAUGAAGAGGGGCAUAUUUCAGCGAGUAGUAGCGAUUUUUAUCCACUACUGUGAUGUCAAUGGAGAGCCAGUUGAAGACGACUACAUUUAAGUAGACUUUUCCUGGCUCUUCUGGCCCAGAGCAGCCAAGAGUCUCUACACAGGAACCUUGGGCUUGGAAUUGGGAGGCCCUGGCUCAGUUUGUUAUAUAGGAAAUAUAUAAGGAACAUGGAAAUUGUAUACAAAGAUUUAUAUAUAGAAGAAAUAUACAAAGAUACUUCCAAAUGUAACAUCUUUAUAUCCUAUGUUUAUACAUCUUAAUUUAAAGACGUCAUUUGAAGGCAGGCAAAUCGUUUAGCAGUGGUCGUGUUCUUUUCCUGACUUAGUUCUCAGUGUCAGGCGACUGAGCCUAUUGCCUCUGCUCCUCACCACGUCCUUCAGUCUGUGCCUUUUUCUUCUCCAGCAGAGCUGUUUGAGUCACCCUCCUAAAGAGUGUUGUAUCUUGUGUGUUUUUGUUACCAUGAUGCCAACUAAACCCUUAGUCAGAGAAGAUUAUGUUUCUGCACUAAGAUGUGGCUCUUCUUUUUUGUGUGUUUAUAUUUGGCAUAUUCAUUUACAUGAAAAGAUUGACGAACUUAAAUAAAUUUGAAGGGCAAAUAGAGAGUUUCCAGAGCAUUUCUAGUUAUUUAUUUCCACAUGCAGUUGUGUACAUGCUUUAUCUUGAACAUAAAAAUAAACACUUAGUAAAAACUA